AUGAGUGCCACCAGAUUGGACCGUCUCGUAACGCUCCUCGAGACCGGCAGCACAGCAUUAAUCCGAAACACAGCAGCAGACCAGCUCGCCGACGUCCAAAAACAACACCCCGAUGAACUUUUUAAUCUUCUUACUCGAGUCAUUCCCUACCUGCGAUCCAAAAGCUGGGAAACUCGAGUUGCUGCUGCCAAGGCCAUAGGAGGCAUCGCCGCCAAUGCCGACAAAUUCGACCCCAACGCAGAGGAUCCCGAGGGGCCUGUCAAACCGGAAGGCCAGUCGGAUUCAAAUGGCGAUAUCAAGUCUGAGGAUACCAACGGCGCGUCGGUCAAGAAGGAGGAGAAUGGCGACAGCGCUCUACCACCGCUCACCGACGGGCUCGAUCUUGCUACACUUGACUUGCCUUCCAUCCUCAAGUUUGGCAAAGUCCUAGCUUCUCUCGGAACUAAGGAGCAUGAUUACAAGCUUGCAGCCAUGGAUCCUGCUGAACGACUAGAGUACCAAAAGAGUACCCUGCUCAAGCGUCUCGGCUUCGAAGGCGCAUGGGUUGAGGACCUUACACCACCCCAAGAGCUGAUGCCGCAAACGCCGGCCCCCAAAACACCUGCUAUAAAUCGCAUCGACACCAAUAUUUCACGACCAGAUAGCAUGAACAAUGCCAGUUCUCCUACUGCAGGCACACCUGAUGGUAAAGGGCUUAGCAAGCGUCAACAAAAUGCCCUGCGGCGCAAGAACAAGAGGCAAGCUGCCGGAGGUACUAACAAAGUACAAGUCGUCGACUUCAACUCAAAUUCACGAAAAGACUCACAACCAGACCUUGUUGAGACGCCGGUACGCCCACACCCUGUGGCCCUCAAAUUUGAGAAAUCGGAGAACGGCGACGAAGACGAACCCAUGAACGACUACUUCUCACUCGAGCGCAACGGUGGGGACGACGAUGCGAAAUUCGUCAAAGAGUUCAAGGGCGCGCCAGUGGCAGAGAAGUCAUCGUUCCAGACUGAGGCUGAAGAAGCCGGAUUGGAAUGGCCAUUCGAGCGCGUGUGUGGGUAUCUCUCUGUUGAGUUAUUUGACUAUACUUGGGAGGUACGUCAUGGUGCCGCAAUGGGUCUUAGAGAGAUUCUUCGUAUCCACGGCGGUGGUGCUGGCAGACGGAAGGGUCUCAGUCGGACUGAGAAUGAUCGGCUCAACCAGCGAUGGCUCAACGAUUUAGCAUGUCGCAUGAUCUGCAUCUUCAUGCUUGACCGCUUUGCGGACUUCACUGGCGAUAAUGCCAUUGCGCCCAUUCGCGAGACGGCUGGACAAGCCCUUGGUUCAUUGCUGCAAUACAUGUCUCGCGACAACGUUCUCGCAACAUUUCAGGUCCUCAACCGCCUGAUCAUCAAUCACAACCUUCCCCUCGACACUAACCCUCUAAGCGCACCAUGGGCCUUAUGUCAAGGUGGUAUGAUUGGUUUACGGUAUCUUGUCGCCGUUAGGAACGAUCUGCUCCUAGAAGAUGGUACUUUAUUGGAUGGGGUACUCGCUGCAGUUAUCAGCGGUUUAAGCAAUUCCGACGACGAUGUUCGAGCAAUCAGUGCAGCGACUCUUAUCCCGGUCGCUAAGGAGUUUAUCGAGAUGCGUCCCAAAUCACUCGAAGGGUUGAUGAACGUAGUCUGGUCGUGUCUCUCCAGCUUACAAGAUGACCUGAGCGCGAGCACUGGUUUCAUCAUGGAUCUGCUGGCGAAGCUUUGUGGCUUUCCUCAAGUCUUAGAAGCCAUGCAAGCCAACGCACGACAGGACCCAAGUCAAUCAUUUCACGAACUGGUGCCUCGACUCUUCCCAUUCCUACGCCAUACAAUCACCAGUGUUCGCGCGGCGGUAUUGCGUGCUCUGAUUACUUUCCUCAAUAUCCAGAGCGAAGGUGCAGACAGUUGGGUAGACAGCAAGGCAUUACAGCUUGUUUUCCAGAACAUCCUGCUCGAACGCAACGAGGGCGUGCUGAAGCUCUCUCUCCAGCUUUGGAACGCUAUCGUGGAGGCCCUGGGUAACCAGCUGGCCACUCAUAUGGAGCCCAUACUAGAUGCUGUGAUCCCCCUCACCCUGACGCCUAUCGGAGUUUCUCGUCAUCCGAUAUCGCUGAAUAAGUCACUACUCAUCAAACCUUCUGGGCAAGCCAUGGGCCCGCCACCAGACUCUGAGCCGAGUCGCAAAUCAUCUCCGCCAGAUGCCGGUGAGCCGGCUCGGAAGAGGAAAAAGUCUCGCCACGGAAAGGACGACAUGUCAACCCCUACUCCAACUUCUCAAAGUCACAACGUCGACGGACAUAUGAUUACUGGCGAUCUGGAACUCAUCGGAGCGGACGUGAUGAUUCGCUCCAGGACCUCUGCAGCACAGGCUCUUGGCAAGGCGAUGGGAGCGUGGCCUGAGGAACUGAGGUUGGAGGCCUUCAAAUCUAGACUAUUGAAGCCUCUCUCUUCUCCCAACGCGUCAACCCAAUUGACGGGCGCGAUCAUCAUCGAGGAAUUCGGAAAGAAUUUGGCGACCAAAGAUGCCUUGGCUGAAUCGUUCGUUCAGGCCCUCCUACCUAUCGUCGAAGGCGAAAGACCAGCCGCCUACGAGGAUCUCGUGCCGAAACUACAAAUCGUUCGAACACAGUGUCACUCUUUGCUGAGCAUCUUCCACGAAGCACAUGUGCAAAAUCUGCCAACGAUUGCUGCUCUUGUCCAGGGCAUGCCAAAUGCGAACCACUAUGCUUUUGGUGUCGCCGAUGCCGAGAAGCUGCUCAAUGUGCAGUAUGAGAAACUCAAGAAGGGAAUGACACCGUCAGCCCGCAUGGUUGCCGGAACGAACCUGGAAACAGCACGCAAGGAGGUAGAAUCGAGUAUCCAAGAGGCCAAGGAUAUCAAGGAAGAGCGCGAUGUCCGUAUCAAGGCUGCUGCAGCCGGUGCACUGGUGGCGCUCAACUCACCCCCGAGGAAGCCAUCCCCACCAAUCAAGGCUAUGAUGGACAGCGUCAAGAAGGAGGAGAACGUCGAGCUACAGAAACGCUCAGCGGCUGCUGUUGCGGGCUACAUCGUCUUUUUGGUCAACGCGAAGAGAUCCGGCGUGGUUAACAAAGUUGUCGGAAACUUGGUCAAGUUUUACUGCAUGGAAACAGCUGAGACACCCGAGUUUGCCGGACAGUCACAUAUCGAAACAGGCAUUCUUACUCUCAAGAAGGAUGAAGACGUGCGCGACCACCCGGACGCUGCUCGCUUUGCAGAGGAGUCACGAGCCGCUAGGAUCACCAAGCGUGGUGCACGAGAAGGUUUGGAGAAGGUUGUCGAGAGUUUCGGCGCUGAGAUCUUCGAGAAGGUCCCCAUCCUCAAGGACCUGAUUGAACGACCCAUCAAGGACGCUUUCACUGAGGCCACUCUUCCAGCGCACAUUUUCAACGAAGAUGGUGUCUUUGGCCAGGAAGUCGUUGAUGCUUUGUCGACUCUACGUGCCCUGGUCGGUAGCUUCCACCCAAGUGUUAGAGGCUUUGUCAAGGAUCUGCUUCCACUCAUUGCAAAGGCUCUCCAGAGCAAGCUGUACGUUUUGCGGUACGCAGCUGCCAAGUGCUUCGCUACCAUCUGCAGCGUCAUGUCUGUGGAAGGUGUGACGAUGCUUGUCGAGAACGUUCUACCGACCAUCAGCGAUGGUGGCAACGUGCACGCCCGUCAAGGAGCCAUCGAGUGCAUCUACCAUCUCAUUCAUGUCAUGGAAGACGCCAUACUACCAUACGUCAUCUUCCUUAUCACCCCUGUUCUUGGUCGUAUGAGCGACUCAGACAACGAUGUACGGUUGCUUGCUACAACCAGUUUUGCCACACUGGUCAAGCUCGUACCGCUUGAGUCUGGUAUCCCUGACCCACCAGGUCUUCCAGACUCUCUCCUCAAGGGCCGAGACCGAGAACGAAAAUUUGUUGCUCAGAUGCUCGAUGCGAAGAAGGUGGAGCCUUUCGAAAUUCCUGUCGGUAUCAAGGCGACGCUCCGUUCAUACCAACAGGAAGGUGUCAACUGGUUGGCCUUCCUCAACCGUUACAAUCUUCACGGUAUCCUUUGCGACGACAUGGGUCUCGGUAAAACAUUACAAACACUGUGCAUGGUGGCUAGUGAUCAUCACAUACGCGCAGACGAGUUUGCAAAAACUGGCGAUCCAAACUUCCGACGCCUGCCAUCUCUCAUCGUAUGUCCGCCUACACUGUCUGGUCAUUGGCAGCAGGAGAUCCGGCAAUAUGCACCCUUCCUCAGUUGCGUCGCUUAUGUUGGUUCUCCACCCAUUCGUGGUCAGCACAGAAACCAACUCGACAAGGUGGACAUCGUCAUUACUUCGUACGAUAUUUGCAGGAACGAUGCGGACAUUCUUAAGCCCAUUACCUGGAAUUACUGCGUACUUGACGAAGGUCAUCUGAUUAAGAAUUCCAAGUCGAAGACCAGCCAGGCCGUCAAGCAGUUCCAGUCAAACCAUCGUCUCAUUCUCUCCGGUACACCCAUUCAGAAUAAUGUGCUCGAGCUCUGGUCACUCUUCGAUUUCCUCAUGCCCGGUUUCCUCGGUACCGAGAAGGUCUUUCAGGAGCGUUUCGCAAAGCCCAUCGCUGCCUCCAGAUUCGCCAAGAGCUCGUCGAAGGAGCAAGAGAGAGGUGCGCUUGCAAUCGAAGCUCUACACAAGCAAGUGCUCCCAUUCCUUCUUCGUCGUCUUAAGGAGGAAGUACUUGAUGACCUGCCACCCAAGAUUCUGCAGAAUUACUACUGUGAUCUAUCUGAAUUGCAACGUAAUCUCUUCGACGACUUCACUAAGCGUCAGGGCAAGGAGAUUCAGUCCAAGGCCGGCAACGCCGAUCGUGAGAGCAAGCAGCAUAUCUUCCAGGCUCUACAGUACAUGAAGAAGCUUUGCAAUUCGCCUUCACUCGUUGUCAAGGGUCCUACCAACAAAGCUUAUGAGCCUACCCAGCAGUAUCUCAAGAAGCACAACACCACGAUCGACGACAUCGUACACGCACCCAAGCUAGGCGCCCUAAAGGAUUUGCUUGUCGACUGCGGUAUCGGUGCAUCUGACGUUGUUAGUGACAAGUCUGCCGCCGCUAAUGGCGACCUACCAGAAGCUGUCUCUCAGCAUCGCGCCCUCGUCUUCUGUCAAAUGAAGGAGAUGCUGGACAUGGUCCAGCAUAACGUACUCGAAAAGCUUCUUCCUUCUGUGCAGUUCAUGCGUCUCGAUGGUGGUGUGGAGGCUACCAAACGCCAGGAGAUUGUCAACAAAUUCAACACUGAUCCCUCGUACGAUGUUUUGCUCCUGACAACCAGUGUCGGUGGUCUAGGUCUCAAUUUGACUGGUGCCGAUACCGUCAUCUUCGUCGAGCACGAUUGGAAUCCACAGAAAGACAUUCAAGCUAUGGACCGCGCCCAUCGUAUCGGUCAGAAGAAGGUCGUGAACGUGUACCGAAUCGUGACGCGGGGCACCUUGGAAGAAAAGAUCUUGAAUCUCCAACGCUUCAAGAUCGACGUAGCUUCCACAGUCGUGAACCAGCAAAACGCCGGUCUACAAUCCAUGCAAACGGAUCAGAUUCUCGAUCUCUUCAACGUCUCCGCCGACUCCAACGACCCUGCCGCACUACCGGCGCCACCCAGCAAUGCAAAGGACGACGGCACGGGUAUCGAUGAAAAUGAUGCUGUGGACGCGACAGGUGCGCUGAGAGAGAAGGGCAAGAAGGGCUUCUUGGAUGAGCUCGGAGAUCUCUGGGACGAGAAGCAGUACGAGGAGGAGUUUGACCUCGAUGGCUUCCUUGGCAAGAUGAAGACAUGA